GGGGAGAGGGAGAGAGAGAGAACUGGCGAGUGGUGAGCCGGAGCGCGUGCCGCGGCCCCGCCACCUGGGCUCCUGAGCCCCGGGCCAGCCGGACAGUGGACCAUCGCCUUCCUCACCACUAGAGAACGCCUCGGGGCAUUAUUUACCCCGCUCGGGAGAAAGUGUCUGGCCAGGCAUUUCUUCCAGCACGGGCCCAGACUGGUGACCAGACUGGUGACCGCGGUUUGGAGCAGCAGGACCCCCCCCCCCUCCACGCUUCCCGAGAGUGCAGAGUGGACGCGCUCUAACCGCCGUCGGGGACCCGCCGCCUAGGGGGCCACAGCUCGGGCGCCGGGCUGUCCGGGGAGAAAUCAGAGCCCCGAGUCCGCCCGCCCACCCAGAGGUCCGGCUGCUGGAGUUACACACUUUCCCGUGGAUUCCUUCAGGGACCCCCCCCCCUCCUCUGUUCUCAGUGUCCUUGGACUACACAAGCGCGUGUUUGGGGAUGCUGCGAGGGCGGCCGCGCCGGAGUGCGAAGCUUCCUUUGCGUGGUCGGGGCGGCUGCUGAGCGGCGAAGUGGCGUGGACCUCAUGUAGAAAUGACAACAAUGGAAGGGGCCAGCGGGUCGAGUUUUGGAAUAGACACGAUUUUGUCCAGUGCCAGUUCGGGCAGCCCCGGCAUGAUGAAUGGAGAUUUCCGCCCGCUCGGCGAGGCCAGGACCGCGGAUUUUAGGAGUCAGGCCACUCCGUCCCCCUGUUCGGAGAUUGAUACCGUAGGAACGGCGCCUUCUUCUCCCAUCUCAGUCACCAUGGAGCCCCCGGAGACGCAUCUGGUCGCAGAAGGGCCCCAGCAUCACCACCACCUCCACCACAGCCAACCGCCGCCGCCGCCCGCCGCGGCCCCCACGCAAAGUUUGCAGCCUUCUCCCCAACAGCAGCCGCCGCCGCCGCAGCCGCAGCCGCAGCAGCAACCGCCGGCCCAGCAGCUGGGCUCGCCCGCCUCGGCCCCCAGGACUUCCACCUCUUCUUUUUUAAUUAAGGACAUCUUGGGCGACAGCAAACCACUGGCGGCGUGUGCGCCCUACAGCACCAGCGUGUCCUCUCCCCACCACACCCCGAAGCAGGAGAGCAACGCAGCACACGAGAGCUUCAGGCCAAAGCUCGAGCAGGAGGACAGCAAAACCAAACUCGACAAGCGGGAAGAUUCCCAGAGCGACAUCAAAUGCCACGGAACAAAGGAGGAAGGAGACCGGGAGAUUACGAGUAGCCGAGAGAGUCCCCCAGUGAGAGCCAAAAAGCCUCGCAAAGCCAGAACAGCUUUCUCUGACCACCAACUCAAUCAACUGGAGCGUAGCUUUGAGCGGCAGAAAUACCUGAGUGUGCAGGACCGCAUGGACCUGGCAGCUGCGCUCAACCUCACAGACACGCAAGUCAAGACCUGGUACCAGAACCGCAGGACCAAGUGGAAGCGGCAAACCGCGGUGGGCCUGGAGCUGCUGGCCGAGGCGGGGAACUACUCGGCCCUGCAGAGGAUGUUCCCGUCGCCUUAUUUCUACCACCCAAGCCUGCUGGGCAGCGUGGACAGCACCACGGCCGCCGCGGCUGCCGCAGCCAUGUACAGCAGCAUGUACCGGACUCCCCCCGCGCCCCAUCCCCAGCUGCAGCGGCCCCUGGUUCCCCGCGUGCUCAUCCACGGCCUGGGGCCUGGGGGGCAGCCAGCCCUCAACCCCUUGUCCAGCCCCAUCCCAGGCACCCCACACCCCCGGUGAAGAGACAGCGAUCUACCGCGCUGCAGUCCCUUCCCUUCCCGUCCCCACCCCGACCGGCUGGACAGCUGCCCUCCUCGCCCCGCACCAGGCCGCAAGGCCUCUCUUGGGAGCAGGAGCGACCCCGGGAAGCCGAGAAGUAAGAGAAGAAGCCGUUCACCAGUGGGAGGGGGGCCCCCAAAGAGGAACCAGCCCUCUGCUCUCAUCUUCCCAACCCCCAGAAACAGGGCUGGGGAGCUCCCCACAGCAGUGUGACUGGGGAAAACGCCGACCCCACACAAAGUGCGACCAGUAAGUGAAAACAUCAACUAAAACAAAACCUCA